GGGAUUAGAAAUUGAAGUUUGGGAGGCUCUGCUGACAGACACACAAACUAUCAGUGCAAACUAGUUGUUUUCGAUCCAUGGGAACUAAAUGUGAGCUGAAUUCUGAGCUCUUAGUGUGAACUCUCACAAUGCUGCUCUUGGUUACCUGGGUUAAGUGUUUUAUCAACACUGUGAUUGGUUACCUGGAACUAUGGUGCAGCAGCUUUUUGCACCAGGCUGCAUCCAUUCAGUUUUGCCCGAGAAGUUUCAGGAGCACAACAAUGAGCAUCAUAACAAAUGCUGAAACUGAUUUGAGAAUAACAACAGAUUUAGUGGUGCCUCUUCGAGUAAAUCCAUGCUGCUGACAUUGUUCAGUUCUUGUCAGGACUGUUGACAAAUAGUCUGCUGCUCCGAGACAGCACAUACAUAGCUGGUGAGCUAAUUAAGUCCAACACUAGAGGGGGCAACAUUAGUCCAUAAUCCCCACACUAACUCUUAUCUUUCUUGAGACUAUCAUUGAGUUUUUAAAUCUGCUUUCAUAUCUCCUGAUGUUUUCAUCAACUUCUGUUUAGUUAUUGUUUUUCUGUGCCUUGCAGAUAUCCAGAAGGUGUUGGUGAAAAAAGAAGAGUUUCUCUCUGAGCAGCAGGGGAGGAGUCCCAGUCUGGACCAGGGAUACACUGAGCCCCCGAACAUUUGCAAGGAACAGAAUUAUGGAGGACAAGAUCCAGCCAGUAACAACUCAGGGAUAAAUAUACAACGAAAGACUCAAGACUCCCCUGAACCUGAGACCGAGGGCAGUGAUGAGAAUUGGGAGGAUACAAGACCACAAAAGUCAAGUCUAAUGUCUGUGAAAAAAGUGAGAAAGAAGAUGCUAAAGAGGCUUGAGAAAUCACGUGUUUGCUCAAAGUGUUGUCGAAUAUUCAAAACACGACAAGAACUAGCAAUCCACAUGAGAGUUCACUCAGAGGAGAGAACCUUCAGCUGCUUAGAAUGUGGCAAAACAUUCAAAACUAAAGGAGAACUGUCCAGACACAUGAGAGUUCACUCAGAUGAGAGACCCUUCAGCUGCUUAGAGUGUGGCAAAACAUUCAGAACUAAAGGAGAACUGGCAAAACACAUGAGAGUUCACUCAGAGGAGAGACCCUUCAACUGCUCAGACUGUGGCAAAACAUUCAAAACUAAAUACGACCUGGCAAGACACAUGACAGUUCACUCAGAUGAGAAACCCUUUAGCUGCCCAGACUGUGGCAAAACAUUCAAAACUGAAAGAGAACUGGCAAGACACAUGAGAGUUCACUCAGAUGAGAGACCCUUCAGCUGCUCAGACUGUGGCAAAACAUUCAAAACUAAAUACGACCUGGCAAGACACAUGACAGUUCACUCAGAUGAAAAACCCUUCAGCUGCUCAGACUGUGGCAAAACAUUACAAACUAAAUACGACCUGGCAAGACACAUGAUCUGUCACUCAGAGGAGAGACCCUUCAGCUGCUUAGAGUGUGGCAAAACAUUCAGAACUAAAGGAGAACUGGCAAAACACAUGAGAGUUCACUCAGAGGAGAGACCCUUCAACUGCUCAGACUGUGGCAAAACAUUCAAAACUAAAGGAAAACUGGCAAGACACAUGCUCUAUCACUCAGAGGAGAGACCCUUCAGCUGCUUAGACUGUGGCAAAACAUUCACAACUGAAGGACAACUGGCAAGACACAUGAGAGUUCACUCAGAUGAGAGACCCUUCAGCUGCUCAGACUGUGGCAAAACAUUCAAAACUAAAUACGACCUGGCAAGCCACAUGAGGGUUCACUCAGAGGAGAGACCCUUCAGCUGCCCAGAAUGUGGCAAAACAUUCAAAACUAAAUACGACCUGGCAAGCCACUUGAGAGUUCACACAGGCGAGAGACCCUUCAGCUGCUCAGAAUGUGGCAAAACAUUCAAAAGAGAAGGAGAACUGGGACAACACAUGAGAGUUCAUUCAGGGGAGAGACCCUUCAGCUGCUUAGAAUGUGGCAAAACAUUCAAAACUAAAUACGACCUGGCAAGACACAUGGCAUUUCACUCAGAGGAGAGACCCUUCAGCUGUCCAGACUGUGGCAAAACAUUCAAAACUAAAACUCAACUGGCAAGACACAUGGCAUUUCACUCAGAUGAGAAACCCUUCAGCUGCUCAGAAUGUGGCAAAACAUUCACAACUAGAUAUGACCUGGCAAGCCACUUGAGAGUUCAUUCAGGGGAGAGACCCUUCAGCUGCUUAGAAUGUGGCAAAACAUUCAAAACUAAAUACGACCUGGCAAGCCACAUGAGGGUUCACUCAGAGGAGAGACCCUUCAGCUGCUCAGAAUGUGGCAAAACAUUAAAAACUAAAAAACUUCUUGCAAGCCACAUGAGGGUUCACUCAGAGGAGAGACCCUUCAGCUGCUCAGACUGUGGCAAAACAUUCCAAAGAGAACCUGCAUUGAUAAAACACAUGAGAGUUUGCACUGGAGAAAGACCCUAGAGCUGCCCUGGAUGAAAUAAACUCUCUCAGUCUCAGUAUUUAAAUUCUGUAAGCCUCUCUGCUAAAAUGAACACAUAGUUAGAGACAGAACAAGUGUGUCUACAACUGCAGAAAAAAACAAGCAUGUAGAGUGGACUGGUCUAAGAACAUAGACUUCACCCACAGAAAGUGGCAGAGCCGCCUCUUUUCCCCUGAGAAGACUCCGAUCAGCAGACAUCUGUAGUAAGAUGCUGCAGAUUUUUUAUCAGUCUGUGGUGGCAAGUGUUGUGUUCUGCGCUGCAGUCUGCUGGGGAGAAAGCAUCAAACACAAAGAUGCAAAACGUCUGAACAUACUGGUGAAAAAGGCUGGCUGUGUUGGAGGAUGUGGUGGAGAAAUGUAGACUGAGGGAGGUGGAGGCUAUUUUAAAGAACAUGGAUCAACCACUUCACAUGGACCAAUGGACCAAAGGGCCAAUGGUGGUGGACAGCUCCUCUCUCUUUACUGCAGGACAGAAAGAUUGAGAAGAUCUUUUGUACCCACAGCCAUCAGACUUUACAACUCUUUUAUAAAUAGUAGAUGACUUUUGAGACAUGACCAGUGAGAUGACAGACAAUUGGAUUUCCCUUCAGGGAUCAAUGAAGUUAUUCUUAUUCUUAUCCCUUGUAUUUUUCUUUUUUUUUUUUGUAUGAUCUGGACUUAAUGGGUCUGAAAUAACCCUCUGCUGGGGCAACACUUAAUCUUCUGUAUCUUGUCCUGUGCUCUCCUAUUCUGCAAUGCAGUGGGGUGAGGUGUGUUUUUUUUUUUCUAAAUUCAAUAAUAUUAACAGUAAAAUGUAUUAGGUUUAUGACCAAAAUUGAUAGUUUAGAAGAUUAUGAAGUAGAUAAUAGGGACAGAGAGGGUAGAUAGUAAGGACAAAGACAUGACUACUUCAAAGUAUAGAGACAUCUAGUCAAUAAAUACUGAGAUACAAGGAAAUUUGCUAACUAAACUGUUACUUUUGUUUGAGUACUAAAAUAUUUGCUUUUGAAAAUGCAUAUAUUGACCCACUCAUAUGACUUUUUGAGAAAAUCUCAAAACAAUGUCGUUUUCUCAUCAUUCAUGUGCGCACUAAACACAACAGGUUCAGCUACAUUAUUUAAUUAUUUACAUUUUUAAACUCACAUGUUUUAAAUUUCCAGCCUUGAAAUACUAGGAGCAGGAGUAGGAGCUCAUGGUUGAUGAUCAGUGAAGUGUCAGCUAAGCUUUACAAAGUGAGAAAGAAUUAAUAUUUUCCUCAUCUGGUAGGGUUCAAAGUGACAUCAAACAAGGACAACAAACAGGCAAAUUUAAAAUAGUCUAAUCUUCUUAACUUACUCACUUAGCCAGCAGACCAAAUUCAUCAGAAUUAAUUUGACCAACCAACCACUGAAUAAAAACAGCAAUCAAGAAACCACAAACCCAAACAGCUUGGAUUAAAUGUUCAUCUGGAAUAAUGUUUGUCUGUCUGAUUGGAUUCCACAAACUGAAAUAAUGUUUUUAAAACUUAAAAACAUAAUUUAAGCUGACUUUAAGGCAAAAGUGGAGAGCAAUAAGAACAUGAUUUGGUUUGGUGGGGUCACCCCAUCUCAUCUCCAGUGACCAGGUCAAGCAUUACAUUCUUUUGGGGGUACUUAGGGUGAGAAAGCGGGCAUCUCUGCUACAAGACCCCAAUUUAUAUUUCUCCAAAGAAAUUAUGUAUGUGUUUAUUGUUUUUUUUUUUUUUUACUAUAGUAUUAUUUUAUUAUCUCCCAUGUUAUUUGUUCAAUGUUCCUUUGUCUGAAAUGUUGGGGUUGUACUUGGUCAUGAAGUUGCCAGUUUUUGAUACAAAUAAAAAGUUCCUCUACUGCUAACUGGGAAGUGAAUCGGAAGCUGAGUGACAUCAAGAUAUAUUCCCCCCAUACCGGACCUUUACCGACCUCCCAUAAUCAACCAAAUCCAGCAUCAAAAGAUCAGAGCCAAAUAAACUGUAACUUUGUCAAACCUGAGGCCUGUACUAUGCAGCUGGAUUAACACACCCAGGAUAACUGCCAAAACUCACUUAACUUCACCAGAUCUCCGUAAUCCCGAUCAGCUGUACUACGAGGCAGGAUAUCAUAGAAUAGAAUAUAGAAUAGAAUAUUCCUUUAUUGAUCCCCCAUGGGGGAAAUUUUUUUGUCACAGCAGCAUCACAGACAAGCCAACAAGUGCAAAAAUGCAGUUAUAACAAUAAGGGUCCUAAUAUUAAGAACUUAAAUAAAUGUAAUAAUUAAGAAAAAAAUUAGAAAAGGGAGAAGAAAAAAUAAAACUUUCUACAAUAUACACAAUUUAAAUGCCAUAAAAAAAAGUGGUGGUGUAAAAUCAGAUUUGUUACUGUUCAUUGUAAAGUCUUAUUGCAGAGGGGAGAAAUGAUCUACGGUAGCGCUCCGUCCUGCAGGGUGGGAGUUAUUGAGUAUCAACUCAAUAACUGAAUUCAAUAGAGGGAAUUCACGCUGAUGUCACUCGACUUCUGUCUGUCUGUGUGCAUCACAUCACAGAUGUGUCCAAAAUCUCC